CCCAGUUGAAACGUGCCGUUGAUGACUCGUUUUUUCAUCGUGUACCCAACGCUCAGGUUGAAACGUGCCGUUGAUGACUCGUUAUUUCAUCGUGCACCCAACGCUCACGGUUGAAGCGUGCCGUUGAUGACUCGUUAUUUCAUCGUGCACCCAACGCUCACCUAGUCGCUUUCGUCGUUCCAAUACUUGAAGCAGAAUGUCUCUCUCUCUCUCUCUCUCUCUCUCUCUCUCUCUCUCUCUCUCUCUUUGAGGUUCGUUGCUUACUGAUGAGCACUUCCAUAUUUGUCUGGCCUCUGUUCCUGGUUUACCAUGGAUCUUGAAUUGCCAAUGGACAAAGUAUCUAUCGUAUCGCAUACAACUCAGGACGAUCGCAAGAUUAAUGUAGUUCUUGUAGCUCCAGGUAGUUUCAAUCCUCCAACCUUCAUGCACUUGCGUAUGCUUGAGCUGGCGAGGGAUGCAUUGCAUUCAGAGGGCUACCGUGUUAUUGCGGCCUAUAUGUCGCCUGUUAGUGAUGCAUACGAGAAACAGGGCCUCAUUCCUGGUGAACAUCGCUUGCGGAUGUGUAAUUUAGCGUGUGAAAGCUCUGAUUUCAUAAUGGUGGAUCCAUGGGAGGCAAACCAAAGUACCUACCAACGCACUUUGACUAUCUUGAAAAGAAUUGAGAGUUACUUUAUUGAUAAAAAACAGAUAUCCAGGAAAUUCCUUAGGGUCAUGCUUGUUUGUGGUUCUGAUUUUCUCCAAUCAUUCAGCAUCCCUGGAUUUUGGAUUCCUGAGCAGGUACGGACCAUGUGCAGAGAGUAUGGCAUGGUUUCAAUACGCAGAGAAGGGCAAGAUGUUGAGAAAAUUAUAUCUGAUGACGAAAUCCUGAAUGGAAACAGGAGUAACAUCAAAGUGGUGGAUGAACUUGUACCAAACUCAGUCAGCUCAACAAGAGUGAGGGAAUGCAUUUCUAGAGGUUUGUCGAUAAAAUAUUUAACAAUGGAUGGGGUAAUAGAAUACAUUAGAGAACGACAAUUGUACAUGAAUCCAAUUGAGAAAUGAUGCUUUCCUACUCAUUAUAUUGGAUCUAUGUAUAUCAAUCAUGUAUUCCUAUCAAUAAGAAAGUAGCAAUUACUCU